AUAAGUAUAUGGCCUCUAAAAUGUCUGUUUUCGUUGGAUGAUUUAAGAAGGAAAGAUCCUAUUAAAAUUUUAGCUACACUGGUUUAUAGCCAUUCUUUAUCGAGGGGAAGCUUUGCAAGAAACAUUGGGUUUUAUGGGAGGUGGGAGUGCCAAUUUCUGAGCUAUAAUGAUGAGUUCUGAUGCAGACUUCAUACAACAAGGAAGAGAGUCUGAAUACAGAACCACCGCCUGCUAGGGAUAUAUAAGGGUCAAACCAAGUGAGGGCACAGUCAAACUAGAGACACUUACUUCUUUCUACUCAACCACAGCCUGCUCUAGAAACCUCACUAUGUCUUGCCACAACUACUGCUCUGGAAACUAUAGCUCAGGAUCCCUCAGGAAUAUCUGCCAUAUUCCUGUCACCUCCUCCAGUGCCCUCUGCUCUACCAAUGUGAGCUAUGGAGAUGCCUUCUGCCUACCCAGCAGCUGUCAAGGCAGUUCCUGGCUCCUGGACAACUGCCAAGAGACCUGCAGUGAACCAACCAGCUGCCAGCCAGCCAACUGCGAGCCCAGCAACUCUAGCUGCCCUUCCACUGCUUACUAUGUGCCCAGACCCUGCCAAGGAACCAGCUUUCUUCCUGUAUCUUCUUCCAUCUCAAGCUCUUGCUUCCCAGUCUCCUGUAGACCUCUGAGCUAUGUGCCCAGUGGCUGCCGUCCAUUGAGUCCUCUGCUCUACAACAGCCAUCUCUUGGGCUGUGCACCCAUUGGCUAUCGACCACUGAACUGUUUGCCCAACAGCUGCCGACCCCUGAGCCUCCUCACUUACGGAUGCCAACCCUUGAGUGGUUUGGCCUGUGGUUCGCAACCAUUUAGCAUUGUGUCCAGCAGCCUCAGACCCCUGAGGCCUCUCUCCAGUGGUUGCCAACCUCUGGCCCAUGUUUUCAGUACUUGUCGUCCAUCUUGCUCUGCCCUGGGGUACUAG